UGCACACCCACCGGUUUAGUGGACUAUUGGGAUGCAGAAAAUGUGAUGCCUUUGUGACGUCCUUAUGAAAUGUGACUAAGGAGGGAAAGAUUAGCCUACCUGUUUUCGUGAGAUUUUAACUGAAUUCGCCACAUGCCCGGGAGGCGAGGAGUCGAACGGCUAGACAGGAGAAGAGACAGAGCUGAACCAUCCACAAUGAGAGGGAUUCUUUAGUGGAGGAACUUCAAACUGCUGUGACUAAAGACUGGAUUUCAAGGGGCCCAGGUUCAGCCAUGAGUGGCCUUGAGAAGCCUCCCUCGGGGUUUAGCAAGCCCACCCACUCAGGGAGCAGCAGCACUAUCUCCUCCCGACACUCCCGUCAAAACUCCAAAGACUGGGAAGUGAUGGAUGACACUCAGAUGGAGAUGUUCUCUGGUGGGGAGACUCCCACAGAUAUGACCACACCAGGCAUCUGUGAGGGCUACUUGAUGAAGAGGAGGAAGAGGCCCCUCAACGGCUGGCACAAGAGGUACUUUGUCCUGGAAAAGGGAAUCCUCAAGUACUCAAAAACCCCUCUAGAUAUUGCAAAGGGUAAACUGCAUGGUUCAUUCGACGUCAGCCUGGCAGUCAUGUCGAUCAAUCAGAAAUCAAAACACUUUGACCUUGAUACAGGGGACAAUCUGUAUCACUUGAAGGCAAAGAGCCAUGAUCUAUUCUACAUCUGGGUGACGAAACUGAGUGCCCAUCGCACCUUUAAGAAGAAUGAAGCCGUGCACAUGCACAACGGGUUUCUGCAGGCACUGUCACAGGGAGGCAAUGUGCUGCCUUCUGCCACCUGCUUUAUGCAGCGGAAUGGAGGCUUGCCAGAUCCUUCAUACUACAACCAAUAUAAGAGCACUGCAUCAACCAUGAAUGAAGCGGCUCCCCCAGUGGAGGAACUGCCCACUGCAAGCCGGAGAGUCAACAACAAGGUGUCGGCGUGGUUGCAACAGACUCAGGAUACCGACUGCUGCUUCCAUGAGCUGAGUCGCUGCCAGAAUGAUCUGACUGAGCUAAACCAGCUGGUACAAAGGCUGCUGUCCCUGGAGGGUGGGGGCCCACCCUUCAACGACGGGGAGCUCCAGCGCAUCAUCAGCAUGCAGAAUCUCACCCUAGAGAAACCCAAGAAGAAAUCCAAGGUCUUGGGACACUCGCGGACACUGUCCAGGUUCGAGGCUCUUGGAAUGCUGUCAUCCAGCCAGCUAAGCAGCUCCUCUCACCUGGGCAACUCGGUCCCCUCCAUCCCCGAAUACUUGCACUCCCAGCUAUCCCCUCCCACCACCAUCUCCCCAGAGGCAAAGAAGAUCCAGCAGGACAUCUGCACUGUGUCCCAGAGGGUGCACAUGUCUCUGAAGUCGGUACAUGACACCCUGGUCCUGGAGCGUCGGAGGCUGAGGGAGGCCUGGAGCAGCCCCGACCUCCACCAGUCUACCUCCCGGCAGCUAGCCCAUCUGUGCACUGCUCUCUCUGAGUUGGAGAUGAAAUCCCGUCUGACAAAAGUCCACUCCCUAUCCCUCACCUCCGACUCCUCGGACGAGUCCGUCAGCACUGUCCGCCCGGAGCAGGGUCCUUACUCAUCCACCAAGCAAUCUAAACGGCAUUCAUGCCGCCGGGCCCCCUCCAUGGCUGAGUCAACGACAGAGUACUUUGACGCCCGUGACACCAUCCUGUGUGAAACUUCCUCCGAGGCUUCGGAUGAAUCAGGACUGAGCGACGAUACCACUAGCAACUCUGAGCAGGCGGAGCAGCGUGCAAGCGUCACUCUGAAGUACCGCGAAAGCCUCUCCAAUGCGGCAAACAUGACCGUCCGCGUUCCCAAGGACACCGGCCGCCGCACCACCCUGCCUGCUCCGGGCCCCGACAACAGCCACAUCGGCCUGAUGACCAUCCUCUACAACAACAUUGGAAAGGACCUGUCGCGCGUCUCCAUGCCCAUUCCACUCAAUGAGCCAAUCAGCUUGCUGCAAAGACUGUGUGAGGAACUGGAAUACUCUGAGCUGCUGGACACUGCCAGCCAAACAGAGGACCCCUACCAGAGAAUGGUGUACAUUGCUGCCUUUGCCAUCUCUGGUUACGCCACCGCUCGCUACCGCAACAGAUACAAACCCUUCAACCCGAUCCUGGGAGAGACCUUUGAAUGCAUACGAGAGGACAGGGGCUUCCAUUACAUCAGUGAACAGGUUUGCCACCAUCCCCCCAUUUCUGCCUGCCAUGCUGAUGCAGACAACUUCUCAUUCUGGCAAGACCAGCGUUGGAAGAACAAAUUCUGGGGUAAAUCACUGGAGAUCAUGCCAACAGGGAUGGUGAAUGUCACUCUUCCCAAGUUCAAUGACCACUAUGAGUGGAACAAAGUGGUGACCUGCAUCCACAACGUAUUGAGCCAACAGCGUUACCUUGAACACUAUGGCGAGGUCAUAAUCCGCAACCUGAACAGCACUGUCUGCACCUGCAAGAUCACCUUCGCAAAGUCCAGUUACUGGGGUUCUGACAAUCACACAAACGAGGUACAAGGGACAGUUCUUGACCAGGCCGGCACUGUCAUCCACCAGUUUGGGGGUCUCUGGCAUGAGGGUAUCUUUUGUGACACCCUGCCUGUACCACAGUGCAUCUGGAAACCAACCCCUCAACCCAGUGAGAACUUUGCAUACUAUGGCUUCUCGAGAUUUGCAAUGGAGAUGAACGAGCUCACCCCCGAGUUGCUUCCCCUGCUGCCUGCCACAGACACCCGCCUGCGUCCAGACCAGAGGAUGUUGGAGGAAGGGAAGGUGGAAGAGGCAGAGAAGAAGAAGGAUGAAGUAGAGAACAAGCAGAGGGACCGCCGGAAGGAAAUGGCCAAAAGGGGGGAGGAGCACAUCCCUUGCUUUUUCAGGAAAGCCAUUGAUGCUGCUGGACGGGAUGUAUGGUUAACAAAUGGAACCUACUGGAAACUCCGUGAGAACCCCAGAUUUGCCAACACGACAACCCUGGAUCUGUGGUGAACUGCAAAAUUCAUGUACCAUGACUGUUCUUAACCUUCUCCAUUAUAUUACCCACACCUGCAAACAUGAACCACAGAUUGUGUGGCACUUUUAUCAGCAUGAAUGAGUUGCCUUUGGUUACCCACUUUGCUGAUCAGGAAGAGGCAAAAAGCUUUUUGAUGCUCCUUGUCUUCAUUUUAUUGUCAAGGAAUGUGUGGCAGCACGAUUCCACAGCCAGGCUGUAAUAGAACUGAAUAGGAUGAUGUUGAAGAUGGGAGGGCCACGAAUAUGCAUCUCUGCAGUACGCUUCGGAAAUAUUACAUGCAUGGCAAAUAUUAUUUUAAGUCCACUUUUUAAGUGUAUUAUUGCAUAUUUAGCUUGGUAUUUUGGACUGUUUGUAUAUGUAUGGGACUAUUAUAAUAUUGAAUUAAAAGUUGUGAGCAGGGUGAUUAUAUUUGGGGCAAAAAGGUUUGAUGUUUACAGAGAAUACAUUUUUUAAAUUUCAUUGUGGAUCUUUAGGGAGCUUCAGGGAUUUAUAAUAUAGUUGUUUUUGUUUGCAGUCCUUACUUUACUCAAUAAUAUUGGUUGUCUGAAUAUUGCACAGAUCUUCUGUCAAUUUACAAUAGGGGUAACCCUGGAAAUCUAUUGUAUAUUAUUCUUCACUUGAAGUGGCAAUCUAAGAUUUUUUCAUAUGAACAAAUACCAUAUUUUAGACAUAUUCACACUGUUCCCAUUUCCUUAGCAAUGCCCAUUGACCGUUGUUGUUUCAUUACAUUUCUAUAAAUGCUAAUUUUAAGAUGGUGGAGGGCCCACCACAAAAGAAGGAGGAGUUUGAGUUGUCUUUGUUUGCAGUACAAUGGAUGAAAGUACAAGUAGUAAUGUGAAAAAAUGAAACCACACCAACAAUCAGGAAAACCAGAGAAUUAUGGGAAUUGAGUGUUGAAUAGACCUGUUAUGACCACAUGUCACCAUGGGUGGCCGCUAAAUCCACCAAAACCAAAGAAAUCGGCAAUUGCCACUUUAAAGUAGAAUUAAUAUUUUGUUGAUAUUUUUUUUAUCAUUUUAGUGGUGAAAUCUCUUGAUCCUUGUAUGUAAUUGGCAUGCCAAAUUACUUUUUAGAUUUUAUGUAGGAGAACACGGGAAAGAGAACAAUAUUAGACUGUGUUAAACUAAUGGAUAACCUAAUGGUUAUGGAGAGGUCAUAAGAUUUACUGUAAAGAGCAAAUGUUGAUAAAUACACAAAUAAAAAUGAUCAUCAAAUCAAA